CCUCCUUCCCUCCCGGGCGCGUCUCGUCUCUGCGCCUUUGUAGCUCGCGUCUUCUCCGCAUCCUCCUUUCGCGUUCCCGUCGCGCCCGCGCGCGUCCGCGGGUCCGCGGUCCCCGUAUCCCUGCGCCCCGCGCAGCCUGGCCCCGCCCGCCGGUACCGCAUUGCCGUACUGCAGGGGCGCAGUGCAUCGCGCCCGCUCCGUCAAUAGGCGGACCCCUCCUGGAGAGAUAAAACCGCCGGCGCCGGCGCCGCCAGUCCCUCUGGCUGAGACCUCGGCUCUGGCCCCAACUCACAGAAUCACUGCUCAGCAGACCCCAGCCCGAGCCAGAGCACCCCAGGUCGUGCAGCCGCCCCCACACCCCGGGAAGAAUGGGCAAGGAGAAGACACACAUCAACAUUGUGGUCAUUGGCCACGUGGACUCAGGCAAGUCCACCACGACGGGCCACCUCAUCUAUAAAUGCGGGGGCAUCGACAAGAGGACCAUCGAAAAGUUUGAGAAGGAGGCUGCCGAGAUGGGGAAGGGCUCCUUCAAGUACGCCUGGGUGCUGGACAAGCUGAAGGCGGAGCGUGAGCGUGGGAUCACUAUUGACAUCUCUCUGUGGAAGUUCGAGACCAGCAAGUACUACAUCACCAUCAUCGACGCCCCGGGCCACCGCGACUUCAUCAAGAACAUGAUCACCGGCACGUCCCAGGCGGACUGCGCAGUGCUGAUCGUGGCAGCGGGAGUGGGCGAGUUUGAGGCGGGCAUCUCCAAGAACGGGCAGACUCGGGAGCAUGCGCUGCUGGCCUACACGCUGGGUGUGAAGCAGCUCAUUGUGGGGGUCAACAAGAUGGACUCCACGGAGCCCGCCUACAGCGAGAAGCGCUACGACGAGAUUGUCAAGGAGGUCAGCGCCUAUAUCAAGAAGAUCGGCUACAACCCCGCCACCGUGCCUUUCGUGCCCAUCUCGGGCUGGCACGGCGACAACAUGCUGGAGCCCUCACCCAACAUGCCGUGGUUCAAGGGCUGGAAAGUGGAACGUAAGGAAGGGAAUGCCAGUGGUGUGUCCCUGCUGGAGGCCCUGGACACGAUCCUACCCCCGACACGCCCCACGGACAAGCCCCUGCGCCUGCCACUGCAGGAUGUGUAUAAGAUUGGCGGCAUUGGCACUGUGCCUGUGGGCCGAGUGGAGACGGGCAUCCUCCGGCCGGGCAUGGUGGUGACCUUUGCACCCGUGAACAUCACCACGGAGGUGAAGUCGGUGGAGAUGCACCAUGAGGCCCUGAGUGAGGCCCUGCCCGGAGACAACGUCGGCUUCAACGUGAAGAAUGUGUCAGUCAAGGACAUCCGCCGCGGCAAUGUGUGCGGGGACAGCAAGUCCGACCCUCCUCAAGAGGCCGCCCAGUUCACCUCCCAGGUCAUCAUUCUGAACCACCCUGGGCAGAUCAGCGCUGGCUACUCGCCCGUCAUCGACUGCCACACGGCCCACAUUGCCUGCAAGUUUGCCGAGCUGAAGGAGAAGAUUGACCGGCGGUCCGGCAAGAAGCUGGAGGACAACCCCAAGUCCCUGAAGUCGGGCGACGCAGCCAUCGUGGAGAUGGUCCCGGGGAAGCCCAUGUGUGUGGAGAGCUUCUCCCAGUACCCGCCCCUCGGCCGCUUCGCCGUGCGCGACAUGCGGCAGACGGUGGCUGUGGGCGUCAUCAAGAACGUGGAGAAGAAGAGCGGCGGCGCUGGCAAAGUCACCAAGUCGGCGCAGAAGGCGCAGAAGGCGGGCAAGUGAAGCGCGGGCGCCCGCGGCGCGACCCUCCCCGUCGGCGCCGCGCCCAGCCCCCCGCCCUGCCCCCGGCCCCAGCCCCGUCCCGGUGCCCCGCACCCCUGCCAGGCGCAUGUCUGCACCUCCGCUUGUCAGAGGCUCUCCGUCAGCGACUGGAUGCUCGCCAUCAAGGUCCAGUGGAAAUUCUUUAAGAGGAAAAGCGCCCCCACCGCCCCAGCUUCCGCGUCCAGCCUUCGCCACGCUCAGUGCCCGUUUUACCAAUAAACUGAGCAAUCCCACA